AUGAAGCUGCACACCGCAGUCACACCUAUAGUGAUUAUAUUCGUCACACAUGUGGUCAUAUGUGUGCGUAACAAGCAGAUACCAUCGUCACCGGCGCAAUUGAAGCAAGCGGAACAAUCGCCGGCUUUGCCAUCCCUUAAUAAUUCACAAUCCAAUAAUCGGAAGUCGGAAUACGUGGAACACGCAACUGACCAGAAAGACCAUGUCGCCGGUGGUGAAUUCGGCGAGGCAACGUUAUCGGGUAAAGAAGACAAACACCUUUCGCAGGGUAAACCGGGGACAGAUGUUAACCCGGACGAAAUAAAUACAUCUGUAUCGCUGCUAAAAGAUGUGAAAGGAGAGUAUCUCGGAUGUGGUUAUGACGUCACAAAGUCGAGACCAUUCGGCGACGACGAAAGUUUUGUGGACACUGGAUACACGCAGCCAGUAAUCCAAUUCCAAUGGAAUUGCGCUGAUGGCGGCAAACCACCAACAACACCUAUAGGUGUCUGGGUGCGAAAAGAAGCUUCCUGCCACAAGGGCCACACUACACGCGAGAUAAAAACUGAAGAAACGUUAGGGGCCAUUUUUUCGGAGGAUGUAGUCUCAUCCGUAGGCGCAGGAGUUGUUUCGGCAACAUCCAAAACAGAGAAGAAAGACGUCAAAAAACUUAAGAAUUUCGUAAAAAAGCAUGGGUAUGCGUUAAAGUCGAAAUGUGCCGUCUUUAGCACAGGCAUCUUCUUGUCCGAAGAAUGGAAUGUGACCCGGGGCUUCAGAAACGCCAUCAGAGUUCUCGUAGACUAUGAGGGCAAAGAAAAGUGUUCUAAAACAGAUGACUACCGUAGAGAUGGCUCAUGUGCCGAUUACUAUGACCUGUGGAAAGCCUUCUUCAACAGCUACGGCACCCAUGUUAUAUUUAGACUUACCAUGGGCGGCAAACUUCUACGCAUAGUUGAGAAUUUGGAGAAAAACGAAACUAACGCAAAAUCAAAAGAACGACAAGCAAAAGUCGACAUUCAACUAUCAAUAAUAAACGCAAAUGCGUCGAUGAAUAGUAACAAAGAGGACGAUGUUCGAAAGGCGCUUACCGAGCAAAACAGCAAGUGUUUUGUGAUGGGAGGAGACAAUCUCGCAUCAUGUGACAGCAGCGACUCUUUCGAUCAGUGGAUGGAGAGCGUUCAACGUAAUGCUAUGCCCAUCAACAUACAACUUACCCCCGUAUCACAAUUUAUACCCAAGGAGAUAAGAGGCCACUGCUGGAGGGCCUUCAAAGUGUAUAAUGACGUGCAUACGUAG